GUCACUUCUCAAAUAUUCUCGUGCUUUUCCCGCCUUUGUCAUUCUCCGCCACUUCUGCGAGCUCGAGCCACAAACUUCUCCGAACAAUGUCUCCAUACCCUUAGACACUUCCAUCUCAUCUCCUCUACAACCUUCAAUUCUGCAUUAUAGGGUUUGAUUUCAACUUUCAAUCUCCACAUCAUGGAAGGACACCCCUUGAAAUUGACAAUAGAGAAAGGUCCCCGAGAGGGAGAAACCCUAGUUCGCAAACCAGGAUCCUUCGUCCGAAUCGGUAGACUCGUUAAAGGCAACAACUUCACUAUCAAAGACGAAGGAAUUUCAUCGAAGCACUUGUUCAUCGAAUUUAAAGGAGCGAAAUGGGUUGUUUCAGAUCUCGAGAGCUCGAACGGUACGCUUAUUAACAACACUAAGUUGCAAGCUUUGGUAACUUAUGAUUUAAGGGAUGGAGACGUGAUAAGGAUUGGAGAGUACACAUCUAUCAAGGUGAAUAUUAUGGAAGAAGCCAAGGUUGAUAAGCGUUCCAAAAGCGCUGCGAGAGGAGCUUCUGUGGAAGAUGUGGAUGGGUUCGGCGCUGAGGAUGGAGAGAGUCAGGUGAGGAGAAAUCCGAGGCGAAGAGCGGUUUCGAAGAAGGUUCCCAAGGAGGAGCCUGUAGAAUACGAGUCUGAAGUUCAAAUUUUUCCUGAAAAAUCGAAUUUAGCAGCUGAGGAUUGUGGGGAAGCAAAGGUCUUGCCUCCUUUACGGGGCCGGGGCAGGGGCAGGGGCCGUGGUCGGGGUAGAGGAGCAGCAGCGAGGACUGGGGCUUUGAAAGAUGGUGAACUUCUGGAGUCUUCUGAUGUUCAGGGGAUCCCUGGAACUUCAAAUGUAGGGCCAGAAAGCAGUAGAGACCAGGAUAAUGCCGUCACAGUUGGCGAGAAUCAGACCAGGCAAGAAGUUUCGAAGAGUCAAUCUGCUGACUCCGGAUCUGGGGUUCAUAAGAUUACUGAGAGUUCCAAUUUAGGUGGAGAGAGCUACAGAGAAGCAGUUGAUGUGGCACCAGUUGUUGAAGAGAAGCCAAGGCCGGUAGUGGCUCUUAGAAGGACUAGAUCUUCAAGAAAUAAUGACAAAACUUCAGUUUCGGUUUCGGGGCUUCCUAAUAUUCCUGAAAGUUCAUGUUUAGGCCAAGAGAGUUGUAUAGAACCAGGGAAUAAAGUUCUUGUAGAAGAGAACCAGGGAGGAAGAGCGGCACUUGAAAGUUUCAAGGUUUCAGAGGAUGAGAUUUUAGCCCCUGUAUCAAUUCCUGCUUCUGAUGUUCAGCUGGGUGUGUCAAAUUCAGAGAAGAAUACUUGUAAGGAAAGCAGUAGAGAGCCAGAGAAUGUGGUUGCUGUUGCAGAGAAUCAUACUCGGCGAGGUGCUUGGAGAAGAAUGAGGGCGUCAAAGAAUGAACCUGCAGGAUCUGUUUAUGAGGUUCAUAAUUUUACUAAAAGUCCCGCUUUUGUUCAAGAGAGCUGUAGUGAACCAGAGAAUGCAGGUCCUGUUAGGUCUUCGAAGGUUGAUAAUGAACUUUCAGUUUCAGUUUCAGUUUCUGUUUCGGAGGUCCCAGAUAUUCCUGAAAGUUCAAAUUUAGGUCAAGGGAGUUGUACAGAACUGGAGAAUGGGGUUCAUGUAGAAGAUCACAUUGAAGGGAUCAAGGCCUCAGAAGAUGCAGUUCAGCUGGGUGUAUCAAAUUCACAGAAGGAUGCUAGUAAGGAACCGAAGAGUACGGAUGCUGUUAAAGAGAAUCCUGCGAAGGUUGAUUAUGGAAAGGAGUUAGAGAAGAUGACAAUGGGAGAGUGGUUUGACUAUUUGGAGGUUUAUUUAUCAAAGCAGAUAUAUGACACAACUGAGGAAAUUAUUUUGGAUAUGAGGGAGAGAGCUAAGAAGUUCAAUGAAUUUAUGUCACAGCAGCAGAAUGGGAAAGCUAAGCAACCUGCAAUUGGUUUGAUUUCUACUUUCAAUCUCCACAUCAUGGAAGGACACCCCUUGAAAUUGACAAUAGAGAAAGGUCCCCGAGAGGGAGAAACCCUAGUUCGCAAACCAGGAUCCUUCGUCCGAAUCGGUAGACUCGUUAAAGGCAACAACUUCACUAUCAAAGACGAAGGAAUUUCAUCGAAGCACUUGUUCAUCGAAUUUAAAGGAGCGAAAUGGGUUGUUUCAGAUCUCGAGAGCUCGAACGGUACGCUUAUUAACAACACUAAGUUGCAAGCUUUGGUAACUUAUGAUUUAAGGGAUGGAGACGUGAUAAGGAUUGGAGAGUACACAUCUAUCAAGGUGAAUAUUAUGGAAGAGGCCAAGGUUGAUAAGCGUUCCAAAAGCGCUGCGAGAGGAGCUUCUGUGGAAGAUGUGGAUGGGUUCGGCGCUGAGGAUGGAGAGAGUCAGGUGAGGAGAAAUCCGAGGCGAAGAGCGGUUUCGAAGAAGGUUCCCAAGGAGGAGCCUGUAGAAUACGAGUCUGAAGUUCAAAAUUUUCCUGAAAAAUCGAAUUUAGCAGCUGAGGAUUGUGGGGAAGCAAAGGUCUUGCCUCCUUUACGGGGCCGGGGCAGGGGCCGGGGCAGGGGCAGGGGCCGUGGUCGGGGUAGAGGAGCAGCAGCGAGGACUGGGGCUUUGAAAGAUGGUGAACUUCUGGAGUCUUCUGAUGUUCAGGGGAUCCCUGGAACUUCAAAUGUAGGGCCAGAAAGCAGUAGAGACCAGGAUACUGCCGUCACAGUUGGCGAGAAUCAGACCAGGCAAGAAGUUUCGAAGAGUCAAUCUGCUGACUCCGGAUCUGGGGUUCAUAAGAUUACUGAGAGUUCCAAUUUAGGUGGAGAGAGCUACAGAGAAGCAGUUGAUGUGGCACCAGUUGUUGAAGAGAAGCCAAGGCCGGUAGUGGCUCUUAGAAGGACUAGAUCUUCAAGAAAUAAUGACAAAACUUCAGUUUCGGUUUCGGGGCUUCCUAAUAUUCCUGAAAGUUCAUGUUUAGGCCAAGAGAGUUGUAUAGAACCAGGGAAUAAAGUUCUUGUAGAAGAGAACCAGGGAGGAAGAGCGGCACUUGAAAGUUUCAAGGUUUCAGAGGAUGAGAUUUUAGCCCCUGUAUCAAUUCCUGCUUCUGAUGUUCAGCUGGGUGUGUCAAAUUCAGAGAAGAAUACUUGUAAGGAAAGCAGUAGAGAGCCAGAGAAUGUGGUUGCUGUUGCAGAGAAUCAUACUCGGCGAGGUGCUCGGAGAAGAAUGAGGGCAUCAAAGAAUGAACCUGCAGGAUCUGUUUAUGAGGUUCAUAAUUUUACUAAAAGUCCCGCUUUUGUUCAAGAGAGCUGUAGUGAACCAGAGAAUGCAGGUCCUGUUAGGUCUUCGAAGGUUGAUAAUGAACUUUCAGUUUCAGUUUCAGUUUCUGUUUCGGAGGUCCCAGAUAUUCCUGAAAGUUCAAAUUUAGGUCAAGGGAGUUGUACAGAACUGGAGAAUGGGGUUCAUGUAGAAGAUCACAUUGAAGGGAUCAAGGCCUCAGAAGAUGCAGUUCAGCUGGGUGUAUCAAAUUCACAGAAGGAUGCUAGUAAGGAACCGAACAGUACGAAUGCCGUUAAAGAGAAUCCUGCGAAGGUUGAUUAUGGAAAGGAGUUAGAGAAGAUGACAAUGGGAGAGUGGUUUGACUAUUUGGAGGUUUAUUUAUCAAAGCAGAUAUAUGACACAACUGAGGAAAUUAUUUUGGAUAUGAGGGAGAGAGCUAAGAAGUUCAAUGAAUUUAUGUCACAGCAGCAGAAUGGGAAAGCUAAGCAACCUGCAAUUUGAUCUGUUUGACAACAGAUGCAAUUUGAUCUGUAAUUCUUACAACUUUUACUUUUUUGGAAUAGUUUUAAAAAUGUUGGGAGUAUCACAUGACAAUGUUUGAUUGUAAGUGAUGAUUCUGACUUGCAUCUGGUUACCUUCAUCCUUCUCCCUAGUUUCUUGUUCUAUUGUAUUUUCAAGUCUGUUAUCUUCUGACUGGAAGUUAUAGUCAAAUAAUCUCUUUAAUUUGCACAAA